UUUUUGGACAUGAUAAUCUUAACGAUUCUUUCCAUCCUAGUAAUGACCGGAUUUGUUCUGGGAAAUUUGGCCAAUGGCUUCAUAGCACUGGUGAAUUGCAUUGACUGGGUCAAGAGACAGAAGUUCUCCUGGACGGAUGGAAUUCUCACUGCUCUGGCGGUCUCCAGAAUUGCUUUGCUCUGGGUAAUAUUACUUUAUUCUUAUUCAACUGCGUAUAAUCCAGUUCUACAAAGCGUAAAAGUAAGAAUUAUUGUUAAACUUGUCUGGAUAGUAAGCAACCAUCUUAGCACCUGGCUUGUUGCUCUCCUCAGCAUAUUUUAUUUGCUUAAGAUAGCCAAUUUCUCCAGCCACAUUUUUCUUCACCUAAAGAGGAGAGUUAAAAGUGUACUUCUCAUCAUAAUAUUAGGGAGUUUGCCCUUUUUAGUGACUCACUUUGCAAUGGCAGGUAUAACCGAGACUACGCUGACAGACAGAUGUGAAGGAAACAUGACUUGGAAGACCAAAAUCAGAGACAUCAUAUGCUUGUCAAAUAUGACUGUUUCCACUUUAGUUAUUGCCAUACCCUUUACCAUGUCCCUGAUAUCUUUUCUACUACUAAUCUUCUCCCUGUGGAAACAUCUCAAGAGGAUGCAGCUCAGAGGCAAAGGAUCCCAAGACCCCAGCACCAAGAUCCACAUCAGAGCGUUGCAAACCAUAGUCUCCUUUCUCUUGAUGUUCGCUGUUUUCUUCAUGGCUCUCAUCAUCUCUAUUUGGAGCCAUAGUCAAGUCCUGAGAAAACCCAUCCUCCUGUUAUGCCUGGCUAUAGGAAUUCUGUAUCUUUCAAUCCAUUCACUUAUCUUGAUUUGGGGAAACGAGAAGCUAAAGCAGGCCUGGUUGUCAUUUCUGAGGCAGCUGAGGUGCUGGCUGGAGGAGAGGAAGGGGUUGGUAGCUCCCGUGUCUUCGUGCAGAAAACAAACCUCUUCUACUCCUAUUGCGCCUUCUAAUAUGUACGCAAUAGAGUAA